UUUAUGGUCGAUCCCAGAGUAUUUCUCUAAAGGCACUGAAUGGCUUGUGAGUUGUAAUCACAUCCAUCGUUCACACGUUUCUAAAAGUGCAAUGACGGCAUAUGCCAUUUUUAAUCAACUAUAAGGAAAAUAUCACUAAUUUCCAUUACCAUCUUUUCGGCUAAUAGCGGCUUUAAAACACAUAUCUCACUCCUUCCACGAGCGGUCGAUCGAAUCGAGGACGAAGCUUUAAGAUUAAACUUUUAUGCAUUGCUUAUUUAAGCAGAUAACCUCAAGAUGAAUAACAGCAGUAUGUCUACAGGGGUCCAUAUGCAUAUCAAUGACAGAUUGCCUGUUACACCCGUGGUUGUAACUCUUUCGUUUUUAUCGCUUGGCACUGUGCUCGGAAACAGCUUGGUAUUUACAGCGAUCCUCAUUAAGCCUGCACUUCACAGCGUCACAUAUCUGUCUGUGUUCAGUUUAGCGAUCGCUGACUUCUUAGUAGGAAUACUUGCCAUGCCCAGUUACAUCCUCAAAAAGUUUUCCAUGGCAGAGUCUGUCGAUAUCAUCAUAUGCGACGUAUUCCGGUUUUCGUAUUUUCUCACCGGAUAUGCCUCUAUCCUGAGCCUUUCAGUCAUCAGCGUUGAACGCCUGCUCGCCGUAAAGUGGCCGCUGAGAUAUGCAACCGUUGUCACACACGAACGAGUUAUCACGGGCUUGUUACUCACUUGGUUUGACGCGAUAGUAAUAUCACUGCUACCGUUUGUUCCAUGGGAGUCAGAUUCUCCUAAUAAGGAGUGUAAUUAUGAACCUACACGCUGGUGGAGCAUUAUGGUCAUUGUAACCAACGUUAUAUUGCCAUUCGUAAUCAUAACAACUUGCUAUAGCUAUUUGUAUCUCACUGCCAGGUCGCACAUAAAGAAGAUAUUGAGUGACAGAAAGAGCCUGGGAGAUACUGAAACCCGGAGACCGCGACAAACGAACGAACGUAAAGCAAGCACCACAAUUUUAAUUGUUAUUGGAGUCUUUGUGGCCACUUGGUUCCCCUCAUGCCUUUAUUACUUCCUGUUAAAGACCUGUCCGCAAUGUUUUUCAGAUUCAUUCAGAAGUAAACAGAGUAUUUUAAAUGCUUUCGUAAAAAUGUUGACGUUUACAUCGUCCUUUGCUAAUCCUGUGAUUUAUUGCUGGAGAAGCCGGCAUUUCAGAAGAGCUUUUUUUGAGAUUUUGGCAAGACUGUCUAGGAAGUUUUCUACACUGCAAAGAAAGGAUAGCAACAGCACUGAAGUUGGUCGCUACAGAAGAAACACAAUAACCAGCAUUGGUAAAACAGAGGCCUGUAAUGUUUUCGUGUCUCAAAUGGACGAAGGCAAAUACAUUCCAAUUACCUUAGACAAACCUAAACCCAAUUCGAGGAGAGAUCACGAAGUGAAAGAUGAACAACUUUGACACGUGCUUGUAAUGAAGGAGAGCUGAA